AUGGGCAAUCGACAGAAAGGCCGCGAAACGCAAGCAUGGGAACUCGAUGCGAUAUCCAAUUUAGUUGGUAUUCCUCGUAAUCAAUUAGAAAACAUUUACAGAGAUUUUCGUCGUGUAUCCAAAGGUUAUCUCCUCGACAAAUAUGAAUUUCGUCGAAUUUACAAAGAUUUAAUACAGCAGUCACCGAAUAAUGUUACUAUGUCACACUUAUCAGCUUACGAAGAGAAUCGACUGAAUAAUGCAACAGCUGAUCGAAUAUUUAAAACAUUCGAUCGAGACAAUACCGGUCGUCUAACAUUCGACGAAUUUAUAUCAGCUUACAUUAUGUUACAAAGUUCAAUUAGUCCUCAGACACGCUUAGAUUUCCUUCUGAAUCACUAUUCUCAAAACGAUGGCUACAUAACACCGAACAUGGGCCGACGUGUCAUUCAAGACAUGUCGGAUCUAUACGGUGUUAAUACUGAUUAUCAACAAGUUUGGAGAAAUCUAGAAUCGAAUCACGGCGUAAAAAACGGACUGGUGCCUCAACAAGCUUUCACUGAAUAUUUCAUCAAUCACCCAGCCUAUUCGUCAGCAUUUUAUAAGGGCGUAGAAAUCCCUCUACCACCACCAUCGCCACAAUUGUAG